CCCCGCCCCCUUCCCGUCUCUGGCGUAGGGCUACGAACUGUCUGCCUCAUUCCCGGUUGCUCGUGAUCAUGGGACAGGAACCGCGCACGCUGCCGCCCUCCCCUAACUGGUACUGCUCCCGAUGCAGCGAUGCCGUGCCCGGGGGCCUCUUCGGCUUCGCGGCGCGGACCUCUGUCUUCCUUGUCCGCGUGGGCCCGGGAGCGGACGUGAUCCCAGGGACGUCUCCAUUUCGAGUCAUAGGGGAGUUGGUGGGACACACCGAAAGGGUGUCUGGCUUCACGUUUUGUCAUCACCCGGGUCAAUACAACCUCUGCGCCACCAGCUCUGAUGACGGGACUGUGAAAAUCUGGGAUGUAGAGACAAAAACAGUUGUGACGGAACAUGCGCUCCAUCAGCAUACAAUAUCAGCAUUGCAUUGGUCUCCUCUAGUAAAGGAUUUACUGGUAUCUGGAGAUGAAAAAGGAGUAGUUUUCUGUUACUGGCUUAACAGAAAUGACAGCCAGCACCUCUUUAUAGAACCCAGGACAAUUUUCUGUCUUACUUGCUCACCUCAUCAUGAAGAUUUAGUAGCCAUUGGCUACAAGGAUGGCAUAGUGGUUAUAAUUGACAUCAGCAAGAAAGGAGAAGUUAUACACAGGCUUCGAGGCCACGAUGAUGAGAUCCAUUCCAUAGCCUGGUGCCCCCUGCCUGGUGAAGAUUGUUUAUUCAUAAAUCAAGAGGAAAAUUCAGAAGAACUUGAAAUCCCCAAUGGGAAAGUUAUAGCACAAACUCCAGUAAAAAAACGCUGCUACUUAGCCACUGGAAGCAAAGAUCAGACCAUUCGUAUCUGGAGCUGCUCUAGAGGCCGAGUGGUGACGACUUUGAAAUUGCCCUUUCUGAAGAGAAGAGGAGGGGGUAUAGACCCAACUGUUAAAGAGCGCCUUUGGUUGACACUCCAUUGGCCCAAGGGUCAGCCAACACAGCUGGUAUCCAGCAGUUUUGGAGGCGAACUGCUACUAUGGGAUCUCACUCAGUCUUGGAGACGGAAAUAUACCCUCUUUAGUGCUUCAUCAGAAGGGCAGAAUCAUUCAAGAAUUGUGUUUAAUUUAUGUCCUCUACAAACUGAAGAUGACAAACAGCUGCUGCUUUCCACAUCAAUGGACAGAGAUGUAAAAUGUUGGGACAUGGCCACCCUGGAGUGCUGCUGGACCCUGCCUUCCCUUGGUGGGUUUGCCUACAGUCUGGCUUUCUCUCCUGUAGACACAGGCUGUUUGGCGAUAGGCGCUGGUGAUGGCAUGAUCCGUAUAUGGAAUACAUUCUCCAUAAAGAACAACUAUGAUGUGAAAAUUUUUUGGCAGGGUGUCAAGUCCAAGGUUACAGCGCUCUGCUGGCACCCAACCAAGGAAGGCUGCUUAGCUUUUGGAACUGAUGAUGGAAAAGUGGGAUUGUAUGACACCUACUCCAACAAGCCUCCACAGAUUUCUAGCACAUAUCACAAGAAGACUGUAUACUCAUUAGCCUGGGGGCCACCGGUACCCUCCAUGGCACCCGGAGGAGAAGGGGACAGACCUUCCCUCACUUUAUACAGCUGUGGAGGGGAAGGGAUUGUCUUACAACACAACCCCUGGAAGCUUAGUGGAGAGGCCUUUGACAUCAACAAACUCAUCAGGGACACCAAUUCAAUCAAAUACAAAUUGCCUGUACACACAGAGAUCAGCUGGAAAGCAGAUGGCAAAAUCAUGGCUCUUGGCAAUGAAGAUGGAUCAAUAGAAAUAUUCAAGGUUCCUAACUUGAAACUGAUCUGCACCAUCCAGCAGCAUCACAAGCUUGUGAACACUAUUAGCUGGCAUCAUGAGUAUGGCAGCCAGCCAGAGCUGAGCUAUCUGAUGGCCUCUGGGUCCAACAAUGCAGUCAUUUAUGUGCACAACCUGCAGACCGUCAUAGAGAGCAAUCCUGAAUCUCCAGUGACCAUUACAGAGCCCUACCGGACCCUCUCAGGGCACACAGCCAAGAUUACCAGUCUGGCAUGGAGCCCACAUCAUGACGGAAGACUGAUAUCUGCUUCCUAUGAUGGUACAGCUCAGGUGUGGGAUACUCUCCAGGAAGAGCCUCUUUGCAAUUUCCGAGGACAUCGAGGUCGACUGCUUUGCAUCGCAUGGUCCCCGUUGGAUCCAGACUGCAUCUACUCAGGGGCAGAUGACUUCUGUGUGUACAAAUGGCUCACUUCCAUGCAAGAACAUUCCCGACCUCCUCAAGGCAAGAAAAAUAUUGAAUUAGAGAAAAAAAGGCUCUCUCAACCUAAGCCAAAGCCCAAAAAGAAGAAAAAGCCCAUCUUGAGAGUGCCUGUAAAGCAGGAAUUGUGUGACGGGAAUGAAGAAGAGAGUGUAAAGGAGAGCUCGGGCCCUGUUGAGAAUGGAGUGUCAGACCAGGAGACUGAGGAGGAAGCCCGGGAGCCAGAGCUACCCUGUGGUGUCACCUCGGCAGUCUCUAAAGAACCAGUUAUCUGCACUCCAGCAUCCUUAGGCUUUGAAAAGUCAAAAGUCACCAUUAAUAACAAAGUCACUUUACUGAAAAAGGAGGCACCUAAAGAAAAGUCAGAAGCCUUAAUCAAGAAGCGAAAAGCUCGUUCCAUGCUUCCACUGAGUACAAGUCUGGACCACAGAUCCAAAGAGGAGCUUCAUCAGGACUGUUUGGUAUUAGCCACUGCAAAACACUCCAGAGAGCCAAAGGAGGAUGUGUCUGCUGAUCUUGAGGAAAGACUUCACCUGGGGCUUUUCACAGACAGGGCUACCCUGUACAGAAUGAUUGAGGUUGAAGGAAAAGGUCACUUGGAAAAUGGCCACCCUGAAUUAUUUCACCAGCUCAUGCUUUGGAAAGGAGACCUAAAAGGUGUUCUGCAGACUGCAGCAGAAAGAGGGGAGCUGACAGACAAUCUUGUGGCUAUGGCACCAGUCGCCGGUUACCACGUGUGGGUAUGGGCCGUGGAAGCUUUUGCCAAACAACUGUGUUUUCAGGACCAGUAUGUCAAGGCUGCCUCUCACCUACUUUCUAUCCACAAAGUGUAUGAAGCUGUGGAGCUGCUCAAGUCAAACCAUUUCUACAGGGAGGCUAUUGCAAUUGCCAAGGCCCGGCUGCGCCCAGAGGACCCGAUCCUGAAAGACCUGUACCUCAGCUGGGGAGCCAUCCUAGAAAAAGACGGCCAUUAUGCCUUAGCAGCCAAAUGCUAUUUAGGAGCCACUUCAGCUUAUGAUGCAGCCAAAGUUUUGGCCAAAAAGGGGGAUGUGACAUCACUUAGAACGGCUGCAGAGUUGGCUUCCAUCGUAGGAGAGAAUGAGUUGUCUGCUACCCUGGCUCUCAGAUGUGCCCAAGAACUGCUUCUGGCCAGGAACUGGGUGGGAGCCCAGGAAGCCCUGCAGCUCCACGAAAGUCUAAAGGGUCAGAGAUUGGUGUUUUGCCUUCUUGAGCUACUGUCCAGGCACCUGGAGGAAAAGCAGCUUUCAGAGGGCAAAAGCUCCUCCUCUUCUUACAAUGCGUGGCCCGCAGGCAGCGAGAGGCCCUUUGUGGAGAGGGUGACUGCAGUAUGGAAAAGCGCCUUCAGCCUCGACUCCCCAGAGCAGUCCCAGGCAGCAUUUCAGCAGCUGCAAGAUAUCAAGUACCCAUCUGCUACAAGUAACACUCCCUCCAAACAGCUCCUGCUUCACAUUUGCCAUGACCUGACCUUGGCAGUGCUAAGCCAGCAGGUGGCCUCCUGGGAUGCAGCUGUGGAAGGACUGCUUCGGGCUGUGAUCCGGAGCUACAACUCAGGAAACUUCACCAUCAUGCAGGAAGUGCACUCAGCCUUUCUUCCAGAGGGCUGUGACCACCUAAGAGACAAACUGGGUGACCAUCAGUCCCCCACCACACCAGCUUUCAAAAGUUUGGAGGCCUUUUUUAUUUAUGGACGUCUGUAUGAAUUCUGGUGGUCUCUCUCCGGGCCUUGCCCCGAAUCCAGCGUCUGGGUAAGGGCUGCUCACAGAAGGACAGCCUCUGUUGAGCAGAGCCAACAGCUUGACAAUGUCAGCCCUGAAGAAACUGACCCCAAAGCUUCCCAGCCAGAGCCAAGCAGGACUCUAGAACUAGACGUGAGACUCACAGAAGAAGGUGAGCAAAUGCUGAACGCUUGUAAGGAGCUCUUUUCAGAAGAGCACGCUGGUCUCCAAAAUGCACAGAGAACCAUUGCUGAAGUCCAAGAGACUUUGGCAGAAAUGAUCCGCCUACACCAGAAGAGUCAGCUUUGUAAAUCCACAGCAAAUGGCCCUGAUAAGAAUGAACCUGAACAGGAAGCAGAACAGUCCCUCUCUAGUUCCCAGAACCAGUGUAAAGAAGAAAAAAAUGAACCAGUUUCUUUGCCUGAAUUAACCAAAAGGAUUACAGAGGCCAAUGAGAGAAUAGCUAAGUUUCCCGAGAGUAUUAAGACCUGGCCCUUCCCAGAUGUGCUGGAGUGCUGCCUCAUCCUGCUUCACAUCGGGUCCCAAUAUUCUGGCUUCGUGACCCAGGAAAUGCAGCAACAGGCUCAAGAGCUCCUUCAGAAAUACGGCAGCACUAAAGUUUACGAACGACACUACCAGACCCUCUGCACGUGAACUUUCAAGGACCUCUAAGAAACUGUGCCAAAUUCAAAACAUCCAACACCUUUCACCUCUGCAUUUACACCUCGCCAGACAUUCACUUUGAUCCCUGUAUGUUUCUGCAGUGAUCCAGAUAAUACAAAUGAGAGUCAAGUUUCAAUCAACUCUACACUUAAACACAAUGAAAUCUGACUUUGGACUCAAUUGUGGUUUCCUACUGGAAGAAAGAUCAUGAAAAGCCAGCAGUAGUUACUCAGAACUAACACCUACAAAGUGAUUGUUGAUAAUCUCUAAAGCCUUAUGCAGGUUUCGUCCAAAGAGGAGAAACUAUUUUAAUCACCCAAAGUGUUACAUUCUUAAACACAAGCUACCUUUAUAAAUGCUUUGCCUGAUCAUAAACAUGUACACUCUUGUUUGAGGGUAGAGAUUAUGUCUUCCCUUUACUAUUUUACCCCUAGCACUCACUAAAGAGUGUCUAGUAUCUAAUAGGCACAUAAUGGAAACUUUCAACUGAAUAAGUUGGGAAACAGAAAGAAUACUCAUCAAUAGCUUAGACUUAAAGAACUCUAAACUGAGGUCAUUGAUACCAGCACUGGCUGACAACUAAGGCUUGUGAUUGGUAGUUGACCUUACUGCGUUAGCAGAACACAGGAAUUCAAGAACAUCUGGCAGUACAAUAGCACCCCCAUCAGCCACGAUUUCACUUUCCACAGUUUCAGUUACCCCCAGUCAAUAGCAGUCCAAAAAUAUUAAAUGGGGAAAAUAGACAACUUAUCAGUUUUAAACUGUGGCCAUUCUGAGUAGCAUGAUGAAAUCUCACGGCGGUCCCACUCCGUCCUACCCAGCACAUGACUCAUCCCUUUGUCCAGCAUACCCAUGCUGUAUAUACUACUUGCCCAUUAGUAUAGGAAAACCACAAAGCAUACAUUACAGGGCUCAGUACUACCCAUGGUUUCAGGCCUCUACUGUGGGUCUUGAAACAUAACCCCCGCAGAUAAGGGGAGACUACUGUAUAUGGAGGGGCUGAAUUACACCCAUAGUUUGUAUUCUCUUGGUUACUCUUCAGGACCAUCCCUUUCUGAGGAUGACCACUAACACAGCCCUACAUACACUCAUAUAUAUACACAAGGCAAAGUUCUUUACAGUUCUACUACACUUGCGCCCCUUUCUUUAGCACCACUUUAAUAAGCUGUUUCUUAUCUCUCCCAUGCAAUGAGCACACCCCCUACUCAACACUCAGUUCCUCAACCCUUCAUCUCAACAUUUCUCCUGACAUGUCAGUAAGCCUGUUGUCAACUGUGGCAAAAAUAAACACCUAUUUUAAAUCCAAAUUUGUUAAGGAUAUAUGUGGAGGGCUCACAGUCACCAGCAUGCUAAAGCACCUUGGUUGAGAACCACUGACCUAUGCUGCUUUACCACAAAUCUUACGAUAAAUAUAUCUCUUCCAGUAUGUGAACAUCCCAGGCAAAAUCCUAGAUCUGCUCCUGUACCUGACUUCUUACAACCCCACAUUUUUGGGCCAACAGACAGGAUUGGAAACAAAGUCCUGAACCAAGUUUAGGAUAUCAGACGUUCAAUUUAUCCAAAAGAAGUCCACUAAUUAAUAAGUGAAUCUGCCGUAUAUAAUGGAGUAGCACCAGGAAGUAGAAUUAAAACUGAUUUCCUAGUAAGGCCCAAUAAUCAGCGAGGCGUAUGAAGUAAAGGGACAAUUCCGCUUACACAGCUGCUCGUUAAAAGCUUCCUACAAAGUGAGACAUUCUGUAAUGCAAGCCAGCUUGUGGAAAAUGAAGGCAAGAGAUAGGGAACAGACAAGAUGCUUCCAUAUCACUGACAGCGAACAACCGUCUUCUAAAGCCAGCAAUUCAGAGCUUUGAAAGACCAAACCUUCAUGCCAGUGGUUAAAAAGAAAUCUUUAUUUUACAAAAUUAAAAACAUAAAUAAUAUUUACAAGCAUCUUAAAUACCAGCUUAUAAUACUUGACACUUUUGAAUCAUUUUAAAUUGAGUUUUCCAUAAGCUUUUAAUAUGCAAGACUAUUCAACCACUUCAGUGAGUUACCAGUUUUCAUUUCCACUAUUCCAAAGGAGUUUUUGGUUUUUUGAAAUUGUCCAUACUGUAGUCAUUCAAAAAAAAAUACAGUGUACUUUUUAAAUGACUAGUUUAAAAAAAAAAAAAAUCACAGUCCUGAGCUUCCUACCCCAGUUGUGGGAUAUUACUCCAAGAGAACCCUAUAAACCAAAUUCCUUACUGUCCUGUUUACAUGUAACCACUAUAACUUUUUAAAGACUCACAUUGCUGGUACUCACCAUAAUCCAUCUACCUAACUUCUCCUCAGUUUGCUGAAAAGGAAAGGCAGGGAAAACAGAGAAGAGAGGCAGGAGAAUACAGAUGGCCAUCUGAAGUCACAUUACUGAAAAUGUAACAGACUUAUGAUCCAAAAACCUGCUCUUAGUAGUUUCCUUCGGGAUCAAAUCCAAGGUAUUUUAUGAAAUGAAAACUUAAAAUGAUUUCAAAUGAUGCACAUGUGACAGCAAAUCUCAGUGGCGCAAUGGAACACAGACUUAAAGAAAGUGCUUAACUUAAUACCCAUUCUGGAGUUCCUUGUGAAUAAAGGGUAGACAGAUUCAGUAGAAUUUUGUUUUUAAGGAAAGUUUUCAUUAUCUGGUCUUCGUAUUUCAGCACUGAGUAAUUCAUUUCCACGGAAUAAUACAUAAAGACCAACAAAGUGUGAGGAAAGCAAAUGUCCUCGAGAAGGGUCAAAAUAAACGAAAAGGAAGGAAAGGAAAGGUUAAACAUCUAUAACCCACUUCACAAGACCACCACUUGGUUCCACUUUCCCUUGAAGCCCUCAGCUCAGCUGAGAAUCACAGCAAGAAGUCUUCAUCCUCAGAGAUUAGCAACAAAUUUAAAAGAAAAAGAAUGACACAGGUAGGAGUUAUAUACAUUUUACUAGUUUGUUUCUGACUUGUCCUGGAUUUUAGAAGGUGUCAAAUGAGCCAUGGAUGCUGGUGGCAGGAGGCAACUGGAGAAGAGAGGCUUAGGGAUGAGGAACAGGGAAGACGUGUUUACAAAUUCAGAGCAAACUCCCUUCUUCCGGAUCUAAAAGACAUCUUUUGUCUUCAGCAAAACAAAAGUCUUUCUGUCAACGCAGAUGGUAGGUACAGUUUGCUCAAAAGAAGCGUCUUCUCUUGGGGAGGAAGAUAAGUAUACACAGUCAGCACGUUAAGCACCACUCUGGGACCAGGCCCACCCUGCAGAGCCUCGCCACCAUCACUGCUGCAUGUUGUUGAUGAUUGCCAGGAUGCUCAUCUUCUCCUGGGCAGAGUCCACAUCCUCAUUCUGCUUCUGGGCCACUCCCGUGCCUAGGCCAUACAGCCGCCCACAGUACUUGGCAUCAUCAAUACUGUCCUCAAAAAACAACUGCAGAAUAGGACAGAGAACCCCUGGUGAGAAUCAUGCCAAGAGUCAUGCCAAGAAUCAGGCCAAGCCGCAAUACUACUACAUCAACACCUCCCAGCUCUCUUAAAGCCUUGAAAACCUAGCCAACUAGAAACUAACUUCAUAAAGAAAGGCUCCAGACCUUUCCUACACAGUCUUUUCAUGCUCCUUUCUCUCUACAUAGGCUCCCCUUUCUGAAGAGACUUCCACUUUCCAUGAGUUUUUACUGCCAGGAUCCCUGUGCUGCUGUUGCUGUUUAAUACAACUGCCUCUAUCUCCUCCCUUCUCUUUAACAGGUAGUGCAAUGGUGAAGAGCUUGAGCUCUAGACUCAGACUGACUCACUGUGUGAUCUUAGAAAAAUCACUCCAACGCUCCUUAAGCCACGGUUUCCUAUCCAUAAAAUGGGUAAUAUAAUAAUAGGUUGUUACGAGUGAGAAAAUGGACAGGAAGCACAUACACAGCAAGGUAUCUCACCCUUUUGGGCACUACUAGGCAGGAUAACUCUCUGCGGGGCAUCGAGGAAGGUUGUCCAGUGUAUUGUAGCACUGUAGGAUGUUCAGCAGCAUCCCUGGCUAGUAGCACACAACCCAGCUCCCACAGGUUAUGACAGCCGAAAAUGUCUCCAGACAUUGCCAAAGGUGCCUCAGAGGGCAAAAUUGGGGGCAUGACGCUGCCAGCUUUGUUCUUCUUCCUCAGGAGUGCUUCGGCUAUUUGGAGUCUGUUGUGGUUCCAUACAAAUUUGAGGAUUAUCUUUUCUAUUCCUGUGAAAAAUGCCACUGGAAUUUUGAUCAGGAUUACAUUCAAUCUGUAGGCUACUUUGGGUAGUAUGGACAUUUUGACAAUAUUAAUUCUUCCAAUCCAUGAGCCCAGAAUAUCUUUCCAUUUAUUUGUGUCUUCUUCAAUUUCUUUCAUCAAUGUCUUAGAGUUUUCAGUAUACAGGUCUUUCACCUCCUUGGUAAAAUUUAUUCCAAGGUUAUUUUAUUCUUUUUGAUGCAAUUGUAAAUGGGAUUGUUUCAUAAUUUCUCUUUCUGAUAGUUCACUAUUAGUGUAUAGAAACAACAUAUUUUUUAUAUUAACCUUUUAUCCUGCAAUUUUACUGGAUUCGUUUAUUAGCUCUAACAGUUUUUUUGGUGGAGUCUUCAGGGUUUUCUAUAUAUGUCAUCUGCAAACAGUGACAGUUUUCCUCCUUUCUGAUUUGGAUGCCUUGUAUUUCUUUUUCUUGCCUAACUGCUCCAGCUAGGACUUCCAAUAACAUGUUGAAUAAAAGUGGACAGCGUGGGCAUCCUUGUCUUGUUCCUGAUCUUAGAGAAAAAGCUUUCAGCUUUUCACCACUGAAUAUGAUGUUAGCUGUGGGACAUUUGAUAAUUAAUAGAACUUAGCAUAAGAUAAGUGGGUGGGUUCACAAAUGUGUUCAUAUUUUAGAAAUCAGAAGAAAAGCAAAUAAUUGCAAGGAUGAGAGGUGCUAGGAACACCAAGUAUACUUCUGAGUGACCUCCAUUUCAGAAUGCUUCUUUGCCUCCCAAAGCACAUCUAAUAUA